GGAAGGCAUGCCGCUAUGGUCUCAUUCUCCUCUCAGGACUUCGGGGACGUGAGCGAUUUUCAAGCCUCCAGGUCUGGGCCUCCAGCUGCGUUGGUAAGGUCCCCGGUCUUUGCCUUCCGGGGACAUCGCCCUUCGCUUCAUGGCGGUCUCGCAGCUCUGCCUUGGACCACUCAUGACCUGCUUCCCGUGAGCCUCUGCUCCCCGCGCCCGCUGGGGCGCGUGCUCCGUAACCAGCAGCCCUUGCGCGGUCUGUGCAGCGGACACCAGGACUCCAAGAUGGCGUCAGUCGUACCAGUAAAGGAAAAGAAACUCAUGGAUGUCAAACUCGGGGAGCUGCCAAGCUGGAUACUGAUGCGGGAUUUUACCCCUAAAGGCAUUGCUGGAGCAUUUCAGAGAGGUUACUACCGGUAUUACAACAAGUACGUCAACGUGAAGAAAGGGGGUGUUGCUGGGGUUUCUAUGGUGCUGGCUGCUUAUGUGCUCUUCAGCUACUGCCUUUCCUAUAAGGAACUCAAACACGAGCGGCGACGUAAAUACCACUGAAGAGGGCCAGCAUGGAGGUCAUACACUGAAUCAGACCCUCAUCUCCUUGGCUUGGCACCCCUCCAAAGGAUCUUGAGUACUUUCAUAUCCCAGUCGAGAAUUCACAUCCAAUAAAAGAUGACUGGUAUGUGUA